UGGAGGGAGAGCCGGCCGGCUGUCAGCGCGCAUGAACCGGGGAGGAGAAGGUCCGCUGCAGAGGGGAUAACCGCCUUGUUUCAUGCCGAGUAGAACGCAUCCUCACGGCGACACCGGCAGCGGCAUGAACCCCGGCCGACAUUGAGCCUCUCCUCGUCGGGUUGCCAUGGCCCAGUGAUGAACGGAGCGGCGGUGCCCGGUAGCCCGGAGCUCUCCUCCUCGUGUCCGCUGCCAGACUGGCGAGAGUUCUGUGAGCUCCACGCUCGAGCCUCCGCUGCAGACUUUGCUGACAAGUUCCAGCGCUUCCUUUUGGAGAAUCCGUGCUACGACUCGCCCGGCGCCGAUGCCAGCUUCUCGCAGCACUUUGCCCAACACUUCCUUGAGUGCUUCUCGGCAGCGCUGACCCAGGCCCGGGAGAACCCGCCGUCCUCGCCGGGGGAGGACGGCUCCAACGCGGCUCCCAAGUACAGCAUCGUUCCCUUCCUGGGAAUCCAGGGCUGCACGCUGUCCUACGGUCACGACUUUUACCAGAGACGCAAGGACGCCGGGGCUUCAAGUGAAUCCCUGGAUAGCAUGGACAGUGGAGGGGGAGGGAUAGAUGGGGGAGGCACUGCCUCCCGAGGCCCCCAGUCAACCCACAAGGUGUCUGCUUUGGGACAGUCGCGCAGCUCCGAGGACGUGUCAGUCAGCCACCCCAAGGCUCGCUUCAAGAAGGGCUUCUCCCUGAGGAACAUGAGCCUCUGUGUGGUGGACGGGGUGAAGGAAAUGUGGCACAGGCGGGCCUCCCCUGAACCCGACGGUCCCUCUGGAGCAAGAAGGGCGAACGGGGGAGGGGUGGGUGGAGGAGGAGGAGGAGUCGUCGUCGUCGUAGGAGGGGGAGGGGGAGGAGGGGAGGCUGCAGGGGGGGAGAAAUGGUCCCAAAAGCUGCGGCUCCCCAGGGGUUCCCAGGGCCACAAGGCUGAGAUGCUGGAGAUCCAGAGGGAGGGAGCGCUGAGAUACAUGGUGGCCGACGACACCAACUGCAUGGGCGCUGCACAGUGGCAGAAGUGCCGCCUGCUGCUGAGGAAGACGAAGAGGGAGGAUGGCGGUGAGAGGUUCCUGCUGGAGUUCUACGUACCACCCAAGUCCUCAAAGCCCAAAGUGAGCAUCCCUCUGUCCGCCACCGUGGAGGUGAGGACCACCAUGCCGCUGGAGAUGCCUGACAAGGAUAACACGUUUGUUCUGAAGGUGGAAAAUGGGGGAGAGUACAUCCUGGAAACCAUCGACUCGCUGCAGAAAAACUCCUGGGUUGCUGACAUCCACGACUGCAUAGAACCUGGUGACAGCGGUGAUGACAUCGAGCUGGCGUCGUGUCCUCAUGGUCAGGCCUCCAAAGACUGCUCCAUGGUGGCCUCUUGUAGCUGUGAGCUGCUGUCUGAGGGUGUGUAUCGUGCUCCGGAGAGGUCGUGUCCGACAGCGGCGGAGCAUUACAGCGCCCCCUCGGUCCGUUGCAGGGAACCCCCCUUCACCCAGCACCCGUCCCACCUGCCUUUAGAGCGCUUCCUGCAGUCCCCCGAGGCCCAGGGCUCCAACUCCUCUGCAGCUGAAGGAGCGAAAGAGUCCGAUGGCGACGCCAGCCUGGCCGUGUACCCGUGGUUCCACGGUACGCUGUCCCGCGUGCGCGCGGCUCAGUUGGUGCUUGCAGGUGGAGCCAGGAGCCACGGGCUCUUUGUGAUCCGGCAGAGCGAGACUCGGCUCGGCGAGUUCGUCCUCACCUUCAACUUUCAGGGCAAAGCUAAGCAUUUGCGUUUGUCAAUGAACGAGAACGGGCAGUGCCACGUCCACCACUUGUGGUUCCACACCGUGUCGGACAUGUUGAGACACUUCCACGCCCACCCCAUCCCCCUCGAAUCUGGAGGCUCUGCUGACAUCACAUUACGCUCCUAUGUACAAGUGCAGCGAAGCUCCACGACAGAUGUGACUGUGCCUCCAGUCCUCACCCCACCCAGGGAUGCAGGCUGCUGGACAGAUUCAGCCCAGCCGGCACUCCACCCUCCUGGGAUCACAGUGCCUGCAGGGCCCCCUCCUGAUGCCCCGCUAUCCUCCAGCACCUCCUCCUCACCCACCGCUCUUCCCUCCCUCUCCCGCAGUGACCCAGGUACUGGAGGAGGAGUAGGAGGAGGGUUACAGAGCCGGAGCAACAGCUCUGAGCGCCUGCUGGAGGCCUCUAGUGGCGGAUCCGACGACUACCACGACGCUGACGGGACUCGCAGGGCUCGGGCAGUGGAGAACCAGUACUCUUUCUACUGAGCGGCCCGGGCCAGGGCAGCAUCGGAGGUGACAUGCGACGCUCUGCUGAUGAUUAAAAAAAAAUGGUCCAAACCAUUGGAUCGUCCGUUGUUUUGUUUGUUGGUUUUUCUUUCAUGGCAGUUUCCUGUUUCUCUGAUUUGAGAAGGGAGGUGAGAUCAUGGCGAGCGGUGUGUCCACGCGGAUGAAUCCAUCAGGCGCCGCAGCUUUGUUUUCAAACUCGGUUGUUAAGAAUGUGAGCGAGCAGAGAAACCGAAGGCCACAGUCAGAAACGGACGUGUAGAAAAUGCAGCGGGGAAGAUGAGUAGGCGGAGAAAGCAAGAGGAAGUCGUCCAGUGGGGUCAUAUGGCUUUGAUUCAUCUCUUCUGACCACUUCCCUUACCCACAGUUCCCUGGGAGCAGAGUCACCACCCCGCUGAAGGAUUGAGAGUUUGAAAUGACCCUGAAGAAACAGUCCCUCCCCUCCGAGAUCCUCUGAGCUCCAGAGAGCAUCUCAUUAAUGUUUGUAGAGCUGCUUUGAGUCUGUCCCGGAUAUCCUCACUGUCCCUGCAGGGUUCCCCACAAAGCCCUGCUCUGGGUCUCUGCUCCAACAUGGGUGUGUUAGCGUUAGUUUUUCUCAAACGGGGGACAGACGAAAGGGCCUCAGUGCCUGACAAGUACCGUGGACUCGAAUGGACUGUUGCCCAUAGCGACAAGGAGGAUGGUGUUAACAUCUUGCGUAAUCACAAAGGCCCAAAAAGUGAAUGCAAGUGAUAACUUUGCCGUCAUUUUCUGCUUGAAACACACUAAACAUGGAUAUCUCUGCAUCCUGACUUGUUUUUGUUCUCACAGUUAUUGCCGGCUGCAACAUACACAGGUGUUCAUAUGUUGUGUUAGAAAUCAGUUCUAAAGUGUUGAAAUGGAGGAUGAACACACGUCAAAGUCAAAGUCAGUUUUAUUUGUCAAUUUUCCAUAUGUGCAAACAUACAGAAGAUCGAAAUUGCGUUCAGUCUGCAUGAAUAUGGCAGGGUGGCUCCCAUUUCGCUGUCAUAGCGGGUUAUUUCUAUGAGUGUGUGGUGGUGUAAUAGAGUCCAAAUAUUUUUCGAUGAUCGGUGUGCUGCAGUAGUGUUUCUAAAACGUGGUUUUCGAGGUCCCUCCUUCUGGUGCUGGUUCUGUAUUCAAGCUUAUCAUAUCAAUAACCUAUAGAUUACAUAUGCUGUAGUUCACUCUGAAGUAAUGCCUUGAAGAUAUUAGUAUACCAAAUCCAGCAUUAAGGCUGUCGGAGGGACGGAGGACUUGUGUUUUAGAAAGGUGGCAGUAUUGUGUCCUGUUUGUGUGGACUGGAACGACAGGCAGUGAGCUAAAGUGAACUAGAUGGCCAUGCUUGAAUGAGAAGAUGUGAAUUUGUUGCGUUUAAGCUUUGUAAGUUAAUAAUUACAAAACAAGAAUCAAUUUCAUGAGAUACUGUAAAAAUGUACAUCAUGAUCUUAGACAUUCGUUAUACCACAAAACAGCAGUCAAAAUAUCUUCUUAAAGUUACAGAGUAGUCUUUGUAGCUUCACUUUUACUGUCCAGGUAGCGUCCUUCUCAUCAGUGGUCUUCCCAAAGUGUCAAACUUUUAUUUUAAUUAAAGCACAUUUAUUUUGUAUAGCCCAAAAUCACAAAUCACAUGUUUGCCCCAGAGGGCUUUACAAACUGUAAAAAUACACAAUCUGUUCACAUACACAAUCUGUACACAUACACAAACUACACGUACACAAUAUGUACACAUAAACCAUCUGUACACAUACACACACACACUCUGUACACAUACACUCUGUACACAUACACAAUCUACACACACACACUCUGUACACAUACACAAUCAACACAUACACAAUCUGUACACAUACACAAUCUGUUCACAUACACAAUCUGUACACAUACACAAUCUGUACACAUACACUCUGUACACAUACACAAUCUACACACACACACUCUGUACACAUACACUCUGUACACAUACACAAUCUACACACACACACUCUGUACACAUACACAAUCAACACAUACACAAUCUGUACACAUACACAAUCUGUACACAUACACAAACUACACGUACACAAUAUGUACACAUAAACCAUCUGUACACAUACACACACACACUCUGUACACAUACACUCUGUACACAUACACAAUCUGUACACAUACACAAUCUGUUCACAUACACAAUCUGUACACAUACACAAUCUGUACACAUACACAAACUACACGUACACAAUAUGUACACAUACACACUCUGUACACAUACACAAACUACACGUACACAAUAUGUACACAUACACACUCUGUACACAUACACAAUCUGUUCACAUACACAAUCUGUACACAUACACAAUCUGUUCACAUACACAAUCUGUACACAUACACAAUCUGUACACAUACACAAACUACACGUACACAAUAUGUACACAUACACAAUAUGUACACAUACACAAUCUGUACACAUACACAAUCUGUUCACAUACACAAUCUGUACACAUACACAAUCUGUACACAUACACAAUUUGUACACAUACACAAACUACACGUACACACUCUGUACACAUACACAAUCUGUUCACAUACACAAUCUGUACACAUACACAAUCUUCACAUACACAAUCUGUACACAUACACAAUCUGUAUACAUACACAAUAUGUACACAUACACAAUCUGUACAUACACAAUAUGUACACAUACACAAUCUGUACACAUACACAAUCUGUAUACAUACACAAUCUGUACACAUACACAAUCUGUAUACAUACACAAACUGUACACAUACACACUGUACAAAUACACAAACUGGACACAUACACAAUCUGUACACAUACACAAUGUAUACAUACACAAUCUGUACACGUACACAAUCUGUACAAAUACACAAACUGUACAAAUACACAAACUGUACACAUACACACUCUGUACAACUACACAAACUGUACACGUACACAAUCUGUACACGUACACAAUCUGUACACAUACACACUCUGUACAAAUACACAAACUGUACACAUACACAAUCUGUACACAUACACAAUCUGUCCCGGAGCCUCACGUCGGAACAGGGAAAACUCCCCCAAAAAACUUUUGCGGGGAGAAAAAGGGACGAAAGCUCAAAGCAUGGCAGACGUUCCUGAAUACAUGAACAGAAGACACUUUUCAGCAACCGUAUUUUAAACAUAUGCAACACUUUUGUUAGAUUAUAAUAAACAUAUCAAGAGUCGAGGUCUGUCUUUUCAAGCGUGGCCAUUUAGCUAUAAAUAAAUAAAACAUUUUAGUCAGUCGAGGAGCGGACGGAGCAGUUCAUGUGCCAAUUUGAAUCCUAUUUUUGAAACAUAUUUAUUCCUUAACCAUAAAUAAACUGUAAAUUACAUUUUUUCCUAUUGAGUCUUAUUUAUGUACUAUUGAUUGAUUCUUCUUGAUGAAACCGCCUCAGUGGAACGCGCCUGAUGCAAGAGCCCAUAUCACAGAUUGCUCAUGCCUCCAUUUUAUUUUCUUAACACUUCUUAAAGCUACAUUUUCUGUUGUCUGACUAAGUUUUGAAGAGUCUGUGCAAUUGUGUACAAAGUGAUGUACUUGACAUACUACUUUAUAUUUCUGUGAAUAAAAUGUGAACAAAC